AUGGUACCCAGCAAAAGCAGGCAGUUAGCACUCAAUCCCUUCCUGGACAAUGAAGGAAUUAUUCGAGUAGGAGAACUUUUACAGAAUGCUCCGUUUAUAUACGAUAGAAAAGACUUUUGGGUCAUUGACGGUCGAAGUCAAGUUCGAUAUGUUCUUCGUCUUUGCGUAAAUUGCACGCGCUUUAAUCCGUCAAAAGUUGAUUAUGUUAUGGGCAAUCUGCCUGAAGUAAGGACUCAAGUAGUUCGUCCUUUUACAAACGUUGGCAUCGAUUACUGUGGCCCAUUCUUUAUCAAAGAAAAGAAAAACAGGAAUCGCAACAAAGGUAAGGUCUAUGUGGCGGUUUUCAUCUGUUUAUCUAUAAAAGCUAUUCAUUUAGAAAUCGUCAGUGAUCUCACCACUGAAGGUUUCAUAGCAGCUUUAAAACGAUUCAUUGCCAGAAGAGGACUUUGUGAAUCUAUCCAUUCGGACAACGCCACAAACUUUGUCGGCGUAAACAAGGAGCUGAAGCAAAUGCUAGCUCUAAUCAUGUCGCAGGAGCACAAUAAUAAAAUCCAGCGAUAUUUGUCCAAUCAAGGAAUCACAAGGCGAUUUUCACCACCUUAUGUGCCGCAUUUUGGAGGAAUAUUGGAAGGGGCGGUUAAGUCGUUCGAACAUCACUUGCGAAGAGUAGCUGGCAAUACUUUAUUCACGUUUGAGCAAUUUAAUACCUUGAUAGUUGAGAUAGAAGCCAUUCUUAAUUCUCGUCCGUUGACUCCUCUAUCCUCAGAUCCGCAAGACAUCUUACCGUUAACCCCAGCCCAUUUCCUUAUAGGUGGUAGUUUUAGGAGUUUACCAGAGCCCGAUUAUUCGAAUGUUCCGAACAAUCGACUGUCCAGCUGGCAACACAUCCAAAAAUUAAGGCGAGAUUCUUGGGCUAGAUGA